GAAGUUGUAUGUUGUAUCAGCUCAGCUUGUUAAAAUAAUUUCUAUAACUGAGAUUUAAAUGCUCAUAUUAAAAUAAAUAAACAAAUAAAUGUAAAUUUCAGAAUUUUAUAUAAUGUUGUUACAAAUAGCAUGUUUAACAACAACAGGUUUGUUAUGGGGCGCAACAAACCCAAUUAUCAAGAAAAAAUCUCGAGGAAUUACAAAAGUUACAGCUGAUUCUAAAAUACUUCAAUUUCUCUUAGAAAUCAAAUUUCUAGCAACUAAUUUGGAGUAUUUAUUUCCCAUGUUGUUAAACCAAUUAGGGUCCGUAAUAUUUUACAUAACACUUAAUAUAUCAGACUUAACAUUGGCUGUACCAGUAGCAAACUCACUGACAUUUGUUUUCACUGCAAUUUCUGGGUGGAUUGUAGAAGGAGAAAUUCCAAAGAAAGGUACCUGUUUAGGAGCGAUUUUGGUAAUAAUAGGGACAGCUUUAUGCUGCAUAGAGAAAUAUCAAGAGUGAACACAGUUAAAGGGAUAAAUGUUGUGUAAGAAAUCAAUAACUUUUAGAUUUAAAACAUUUUUAAUAUAUGUAAAUAUUAAUUAAUAUAAAAUACGUGUAUUAUUUUCUACUAGAAGAAAAUCCUAUAGUCUAAAAAGCCCAACAUAUUUACAAAGAUUUAUCAUUUAUUAAUUAUUUAACACUAGAUAACGGAUCGAAUAAUUUAACAAAAAUGUUACAUAAUCAUGUAACUUUAUAGUUUUUAACUAAAAAUAACUUCAGCAUUUCUGGCUAAAUAAUAAAUCUUCCUUUGGCUUCACUAAAAUAUUAGCGAGCUUAGUAACUUACAUACAAUACUGAUGAAGAUUAUAGAGCCAGAAAUACUGCGGUUGUUAUAUUUUCUAUCAUAAUAGACUUUUCUACAUAGAAAUAGAAAAUAUAUGGGUCUCGUAUUAAUAACGGCUUUCAAGCAAUAACCAGGAUUUGGUAUAUGUUUUAUACUAUCCAAUCAGUUUAAAUAAAUCUUUUGUCUUUUAUUCUGGAUUUAUCGAUUUAUUUUUUCCUUUAUAACACCUCUGUAGAAAAAAAGCAGAACAUAAAAAGCAGUAUAGGUUAUCAAAUAUUACAAUAAGUUUAAAAAUCUGAUUUUGGAACGCUCCCAACAUUUGUAUUAGGCAUUCGAAAGUGUUAAAUGAAUGCAUAAGAAUUUGCAUAUAAUGCAUAACGAUAUUUUAUUCGAAUCGAGACAUUCACAUGGCACGAUCAUUUAGUCGAAACGAACUGUUACGAACCAAAUAUACAGGGGUGGGCAUAAGUCAGUUGAUGUCCUAAAAACGACGUAUUUGCGAAUUUCACCACUCUCCCGCUUUCAGCGUGCGUUACCUAGCAUAGCGACACAGCCGUCUAUUAUAGUCAUAAAUUAGUACAUUAGUAUGCUAGUAGAUCUGGAGACGAACGUAUACCAGUUGGUAAAUAACGUUCGCGUUAAGUUUACGCCAGGACAACGUGUUUUUAUUAAAACAGUGUUACUCUCAGGAUCGCGAUUACGAAGCUAUUACAGAAUAUUUGACAGAAACGUGGCCUAAUGCACAUUUUCUGAAUCACAAUUACAUGGUUAAUUUAGCCAAAAAAGUUUGAACGAACCGAUACUGUUAAAUAUGCAAAGCGUAACGGCAGACCACGUUCGGUACGCACAGAUGAGAAUACCAUGGCAGUAGCGUAACAAUUCGUUGAAAACUCUCGCUUCUCCACCAAACAGACAUCGUUAAAGCUUAGCAUACCAUAUCACACGCUUCGUAGGGUUAUAAAAGAUAUCGGUUUGUAGUGUUACCGUCACCAUUGCUGCAGGAGCUGAAAUCGCAUGAAUCAUGAGACCAGCUGACCGUUAUUUCGACCGAGAGAAAAUCUCGUGGGAGUAACAAAGUAUAAUUUAAAGUUAAUUGCAAGGACGAAGCAUCAGUUUGCAACAGGACGGCACCCCUUCCAUUUUGGUCUGUAAGUUCGGGCUUUCCUAAACCAGAAUUUUCCUGGAUGGAUCGGUAGAGGUGAAAACGAACCGUGGCCAUUAAGGCCGCCAGACAUUAUUCCUAUGGAUUUUUAAAACUGGGACAUGCUUAAUAAUAAAGUUUUUGCGCAUACGAUCGAAAACGUCAAAGAUCUCAAACAAAGAUCUGGCGAUGCUCGCUCUCAUUAUUAAUUUAAUCGAAGAAUGUUAUUUAAAGUAUAUUGUGAUGAAUGGUGCACAUUUUGAACACUUAUUUUAAAUACAUAUUUUUGUGUUUUAAGGAAAUAAAACCAAAGUUCCUAAAUGUGUUUUUUUUUUCAAUUGCUAGCUGACUUAUGACCACCUCUAUAUUUAGCGCAGAGCCCUACUUAGUUUGUGGUAACGGUGAAUAAUGGAUGUCAAUAGGUUUGUGUCAAUGUGCUGGUAUUUAAAACGAUGAAACAGAAGGUAUUGGGAACAUUUGGGAAAACGUACUGCUAUAUAAAAUUUCCACGUCCACUUUAUCUAUCGCGUACCUUCAACACAACGUCAGAGAAAUAAAAAUUCCUUUUGUACAAUAUCCAACGUACCUAAGGUUUUUUGGAUUUGACUAGUUUGGCAAAACUCGAAUCGUGUGAAGGAACUUUUAUUAGUAUUAACAUUUCACAUGCCUUAUUUGGUCUUCACCUGCGCUUUUGCUAUUUGUCCUAUUCUUAACUGAGUACCGGGGAUAAGUUCAAAUUCUACAUUUCUACGAUUUACUAUAAUAUAUUCACUAUAUUUAUAAAUCUACUGUAGUAU